CAUCCUUCUCAGCCAUGAAGCACUGAAGGCCCGCGGACAUCUUGGCUGCCCUGCUCAUCAUUUUUUUUUUUUUUGUCUGACAAAACCUCUUUCUCGUAGUUGUUUUUCCCCCCUCCUCGUCUGACGUCAUCUGCUCCAUUCUACCCACACUUCUCACCUCCAUCCCCCCCUCCUCCUCCACCAUGGCUCCCCUGGCUUCCUCCUCCUGCCUGCUCCUGUUGAUGCUCCUUCCUGCAGCCCACAGCAGCAACCCCCGUGGGGGAAGCUCAUCCGCAGACUGCGGCCCGGGGAAGAACGCUGAAUGCCCAGACCUCUCCGACAAGAAGAGCGACCUGCGCGUGUGCGACGCGGGCACGUGUCGCUUCGGCGGCACCUGCCGCGACAACGGCGCCGACAUCAAGUGUGUCUGUCAGUUCCACUGCCACAAGAAGUACGUUCCCGUCUGCGGCUCCAACGGAGACACGUACCAGAACGAGUGCUUCCUGCGGCGGGUGGCGUGCAGGAAACAGCGAGCAAUCAGCAUAGUGUCGGAGGGACCCUGUAACCACGAUGGAGCUUCCGGAUCUGGAGAUGGAGAUGAUGAAGGCUCUGGACGCGGUAAAAAAGGAUCCAAAUGUGGGAACUGCAAGUUUGGUGCCGAGUGUGACGAAGACUCUGAGGACAUACUGUGUAUGUGUAACAUCGUGUGCAACGGCCACAACGACAACCCGGUGUGCGGCAGCGACGGUCUCACUUACGACACACCUUGUCACGUCCGGGAGGCGUCCUGCCUCAAGCAGCUGAAGAUCGACAUCAGACACGUGGGACGUUGUCAAGAUAAAAGCAGGAAGGACGACGGCUUAAAGAUGAAACCAGAUGGUUUUGGUGUGUCCAAACCUGGCGAGGGGGAGGGCUUUAUGGAAGGCUCUGCCCCCUGCCCUCCAGACCACGCCUUGGUUUGCAUACACGGCCAGUGCGAGAUGAGAAGCAACCAGGCCACGUGCAGGUGUGAGUCGGCGUACGGCGGUCCGCAGUGUGACGAGCUUCUGGACUUCAACAUCCUCUACGUGGUGCCCAGUGGUCAGAAGCUGCAUUACGUCCUCAUCGCCGCCAUUAUCGGAGCCGUCCAGAUCGCCAUCAUUGUCGCAGUGGUCAUGUGUUUCACCAGGAGGUGCAACAAGGCCAAGCGUGGACGGCGACAGAAGCAGCAUUUGGGACACUUCCCGUCGGGAACGUCGUCCAGGAUGAUGUAGCAGACGUUCCAUCCAAAACCUUUUUAUUCAAUACACCUUUUUGGUACCACACAGACUGACCACUUUUUUACAGCUCCACUUCUGGUGCCUCCUUUUUUUUUUUUUUUUUUUAAGAUAUAUUUUUCAACUCCUAAGGGGCCUUAUUUUUUUGACCUUUUCUUUUUGGGACGUGGUCAAUUUUGGUUUUGCGAGCGAGCGCAGACGACCUCAAACACUGUGGAUGCUCCGAUUAGUUGAUGAACUUCCUUUUCUUUGCACGCUAACGCCUCUUAGCUUUUGUUUACAUUUGGAAAGAAGCAGCACAUUUUUUCUACCUUACUUUAAGUCCUGCGUUGCGCGCAGUGACCAUUUCAAAUGUCUAUGCUGUUGAUAACAUUAUUUAAAAACAGCCAGUCGGCAGCCAUCUUGAGAGCAGUUAAAGGCUUCAACUCUCAGCUCUUGAACGCACCAUUCGCCCACAAGCAGGCCCAACUUGCUGCACCUGAGGGUGGGGGUGAGUGGUCCACUUUCAUCUCAACUUUAGAACCAAAAUGCUGUUUUUUCUACUCUUUCCAGUCCUGAGGUCCAAACUGACGUGUACAGUUGCUUUUUACUUUCCACGUGACGCCAUUCCGGAAAUGGAUUCCAAUGUGGUGUUUUUGUCAAGAUGAUAAUUUAAAAAGAUUUUGUUUUCUUUUAAUAUUUGAUUUGUAAUGUUGGUACCAAGUGUCCGUGUUGGUUGUUUCCCUGUGCUAGAAGAAGCAGGUGGUUCUGCUGUAGCUGUUGCAUGAUGUGCAUGUGUAGUUCAAUGUUCUAGAAUUAAAUCACCGUGGUAAAAAAGAAA